GUUAUGCAAAUACAUUUAUAGGAGCAAGCAAAGAUGAUCAUGGGUUUGUUUUUGAGGGCAUGUGUAUAAAAUCAAGUGCGCUCUCUCUCUGCGUGUGUGUGUGUCUGUGUGAGACAGAGAGAGAGAGAAUGAGAGAGAAACUGUCUGUGUCUUCUUAAGUGAGUGAGUGCGACGCGUGUUGUUGGCCCACGUGUGUGUGCAUUAGAGAAGUUUGAGUCUUUUAGGGUGGGUGAUGGGGAGAGAGGCUCGUCUGAGGGCUGUCCUUGUCAAGUUUAUGGGAGAAAUGAGGAUUUAACUGGGAAAGUAAAGCUACAUAUUCAGUAUGUUGUAUAAGGCCACUAUUGCAAACACGUCUCUGAUUGGGCUUAUUAUAUUUCCCCAUAAUAUAGGCUGCUACAUAGGCCUAGUACUAGGCCUACAGCUAAAUAUCUAGCUAGCUAGUUCAACGGACUCUAAAUUAUAUAAAUCUCUUUCUCUUUCUCUUUCUCAUACAGCCUACAUAGACUCAAACCUAACACACCCAGACGGUUUAAGGUUUCGCGGGUGUAAUGUGCACGUGGUAACCUACGUCAUUGUGAGAUCAGCACCAUGGACAGCGGCGCUUGUCAAUAAACACCAAAACGGCAAAUUUCUCACCCGAUAGCUCACACCGGAGAAGAAAAUUGAGAUGUUCCUGAUCAAAUAGCGAUUGGCAUGUGUGGCACUGAAGAUUUGCAAUGCCAGAAGCGUUGACUGCUCAAUUCAAUUGGAAUGUCGUCCAUUUCAAAGACCAUACGAGAAGAAAUAAGUAGGCAAUAUCAUGUAUUCAUCAGUGGCGUUACCACUUUAACUGACUUGGGAUGUGUAGUCGUCAUGAUUCUCUAACAGGAACAUUUGCAGCGAUAUUUCCUCUACAGCCUGUCCUGUCCGUUUUGUUUUUCUCUUUUCUCGCCGUCAGUCGUGUGAAUGUUGGCCGGGCUCACAAGGAACUCGUGAUGGACAUCAAAUGGAGACAAAAUGUUUUGCUGUUGUCCGAUUUCCUGCUAACCCUUCAUUUAUAAAAUGCAAGCUCAAUGGAUUCUGAGUUGGGUCUCUGGGUUGUGGAUGGGGGUGGUCGCAGAUUGUACACCAGCAGAUCAAGAGAAAAAUGCAGGAGACCAAAAUAAGAGAAUCGUCAUGAUGGGAUGGUAGCUGGGAUGCUACCAGAGAAAAAAACAAAAAGGACCAUAUUACGUUCAAAGGAAAGUUUAUCCCUAAUUAUCCACACAAUAUUGGAUUAUGAUAACGGAAAUUGUUCUGAGAAAUGACUUUGUGGACGUGAUGUUGAUGCUGUUCGUUCUGGCUUGUAAAUGUCCUUUUAUAUAUUAUGCCUCCUCGUUGUUCAGUUCCUCGUUCGCCCGUCUUCACAUAUUCUUCUGCUUUGGAUAGCACGAUAAUGACAUAUUGAGAUUACUCUGACGACCAUGCUUUGAGGGCUAUUUAGAUAUUGAACAUGGACAUCGGAUGCAGAGAUAUCCAACUACAAUAUUUAUAUUACUAUUUGCGAUUUGUUGGUGAUUGGUUUGGCCAUGGUACUUGGAUAUUGACUGCUUAGAGUGCUGGUCCACCGAGGGGGAAAUCGUUCAUCCGCAUUGACUUAGAUACACACAUACCAUCACAGAAAACAGGACUAUCUGGUCUUUUGAAUCUCCCCAAAUAAAUAAUCUGGCAAAAUUUGGGUUUUCCCCUGUGGUUUACCUGGUUGCACAACCUACCACGUAUUCAAGUAUUAUUAACAACAACAAUAAUAAUAAUAAUAAUAAUAAUAGACGCAAAUUCCGCCGAGUCCCUUUAUUUUCACCACAAAGUACCGUUUAAUCAAAGAUGUUCAAGUACCGGAUCCGCACGUUUUUCAACGAACUGAAGGUACUGGUUUUUAUGCGAUCCGGUUCUAGACACUCUGAUACCGACGUAGACCUAGAUAGACGAUCGACCAUGCGGGGACUCGGGAUGGGCGGCUGCGGAUGGCCACCCUUUGUCGACUGCUCUUCUCGCAAUGACGAAGAGGAGUAUUACGGAAGUGCUCCAAGGCCCAGGAGCCUGGCGUUUGAGGAGAAGGACCCCAAGCUGCAGGCGGGCCUGGAUGCAGUGUCCCUCACAAGCAGAGGGAGCGGUAUGCACACGCCCCAGUGCCGAAUCUGUUUUCAAGGACCUGAACAGGGGGAGCUGCUGAGCCCAUGCCGCUGUAAAGGAUCCGUUUGCAACACUCACCAGCCCUGUCUGAUUCGCUGGAUCAGCGAGCGAGGAUCUUGGAGCUGUGAGCUCUGCUACUUCAAGUAUCACGUGCUUGCCAUCAGCACCAAAAACCCACUGCAGUGGCAGGCCAUUUCCCUAACAGUGAUUGAGAAGGUCCAGAUUGCAGCCAUCAUCCUGGGUUCGCUGUUCCUCAUUGCCAGCGUCUCCUGGCUGGUGUGGUCCUCGCUCAGCCCCUCAGCCAAGUGGCAGCGACAGGACCUGCUUUUUCAGAUCUGCUACGGCAUGUAUGGAUUCAUGGACAUCGUGUGCAUAGGCCUUAUAAUCCAUGAGGGCUCAUCAGUGUACCGAAUAUUCAAGCGCUGGCAGGCGGUUAACCAGCAGUGGAAAGUGUUGAACUAUGAAAAAGCGAAGGAUUUGGGGGACCCGGUGAGCUCGAGCAGUAAGGCAGCGGGGCGUGGAUCCCGCAGCAGCACCCACGGCCUGAGCAGCAUGGGCCGGGGGCGGGGGCGGGGGCGGCGGGGCCAGAGGCUCAGGACUAUCCUCAACCACCACUGUGGCUACACCAUCCUGCACAUCCUCAGCCAGCUGCGGUCGACUGACCCCCGCCUCAGAGCCACCGCCAACAGGGAGGUGGUGAUGAGGGUCACCACUGUAUGAGAUCGCGUGGUGACCCGGGGUAAUACAGGGGUAGACAUGAAGCACAGGGCUCAAGAGCCCCCACAAUGCCCUUCAGACUUGCCUGCUGUCACUGCGGUGUCUGUGGCUGAGUACAACUGUGCUGGAACUUGCCUUGAGCAACAAUGGAGACCAGUGACGUGUACACACACACACACACACACAUACACACACACACACAUACACACACACACACACACACACACCAAAAACACAUAUACAUACACAUACACACAAAUGCUAACACAAACCCACACACAGAUAUAAACAGGUGCAGACAUAAACACACAUACACAAGCACCCCAUACACACAUGCAGACACAGCCAAAAUACGCACUGGUGUUCUGUUUCAUGAGCAAAAAAAAAAAGAAAGAAAGGCACAUUUCUUAAAAAAUGAAAGACAACACUGGAAAAAAUGCUGAAGUGCAUUAAAGAUUAUGACAUGUUUCAUAACCAAUCUUUGACCAGAACAAAGAUCUUCCUGUCUCAAUUCAGGACACAGCUGCAUUCUGUUUUAUUUUCCUCCGUGGUUGGUUUUUUAAGAAACUGUUUUUACUACCUUUGGUUUUAUAAGGAAAAUGAUAUCCAGAAAGUGGACACCUACAUGCCAUGCAGCGUCCUGUCAGGCAGUAUCAGACCCUGGAAUCUGAAUGAUGUUUACUGCUUUCGACAAAGCAAAGGCAACCACUCGCAAAUGAACAUGUCACAUGUGCACAACGUAUAGGGCGUCCUUGAGGUUCAAACCAAGUACAAGUAUAUAAAUGCACACAUGGGUAUGGGGUGCAAAAAAAAAAAAAAAAAAAGAUAUGGAUUACAUUGAACUUCAAAAAUGAUUUUAGCUUUGUUCUCUGCAAUAAAGAUGUCUGUACAUUUUACAGUGAACUUUGCAUGAGGGUACAGUACUACACCUCUUUCACUCAUUAUCAUGGCAGGUCUGUUCUCAGAAUGGUGCUCGUUUGAAUAAAUACUAUUAUACA